ACUGUUUGUUUGUUUCCAAAAGUACCCUCAAUUUCGUGAUAAAAUCUAUAAUCGUUGCAUUCCGUCGCGGUUGUUGCAGUGUUUUGGGCUUAUCUUUGGCGCUGCUUCGAAUCGAAUCACGUAUGGUUUGCUGUGAUCUUGACCGUACGGCUGCGAGUCCGUUGGAAUAGUAUUCCGUUUGUUUGCCUGGCGGUCGGUUCGGUUCGCGUGUCGGCACGGAGAGUCCUCUAAAUGUUACAACGCGCGUACCGUGGAGGUCAGGGAUUCCUUCCGUAUCAUCAUCAAGUGGAUUUUGUUAGGCGUUUUAAUCAUCAAAGUAGACAAGUACUUUACAGGUGUCUGAUUAAGCAGCAGAGUUCGGUGCGAGCUUUAAGCUAUUCUUCAAUUUGUCUUCAAAAGUCUUUCCAGUACUCGAGGAUGUUGGCAACACAAGCACAAAACGAUGGCCCACAAUCUACCAACCGAAAGGGACCGAUAAAGCUGGUAGCUUAUACAAAAAACAUCACAUUCUACACCGACGAAGGAAGGAAACCGUACGAAAAGGAUUCCAGCACUUUGAGGCUAGCGGAACCUCUCGAAAAACCGCUCGUCAUGAUAUUCGCGUGGCUCCAGGCGACCAGCAAACAUCUGGCCAAGUUCGCCGAGCUCUAUCUGGAGCAAGGAUUCGAGGUGCUGACCGUACACCUUACACCCUGGCAACUCCUGUGGCCAGUGUAUGGAUCGCAGAAGGUGGCCGAGGAUGUGGUCAAGUUCCUAUCGAACAACGAUCUGCCAGAGGGUGUCGUGCUGCACGGAUUCUCGGUUGGCGGUUAUCUGUGGGGCGAGUGUCUGGCGAAGUUACACGCCCAGCCCACAUCCGGUCACCGUACGUUGGAAAAGAUCGUUGGCCAGAUCUGGGACAGUGUGGCCGACAUAAAGGAAGUCCCGGUCGGAUUCUCUAACGCGUUACUACCGAAGAAUCCAAAGCUUCAAACCAUACUGCGGAAUUAUGCAUCCUAUCAUCUGAAGCUAUUCCACGAGGGAGCGACCCAGUACUACGAGCAUGGCACGAAUCUGUUCCAUCACGAACCAGCCCAAUGUCCGGCCUUGCUACUCAUCUCGAAAACGGACCCUGUCGGUACGGAAACGGCCAAUCGAAGACUUUGUGCUAUUUGGGAAUCUAUCGGUCUCAAGACGACGAUCAAGUGCUGGGAUAAGUCCCCUCAUGUGGGCCACUUCCACAAACACCGGGAGGAGUACGUGGAAUUACUGUUGACCCACCUUCGGUCACUUAAUCUGCCGAUGUACAACCGCAAAGCUAAGCUCUGAUGACGUGACGACAACCUCCCAUCCGGGUGCCGUAGUAAAGGGGCGCGCGCUCUGCGUCUGUGAUUAUCUGUGUGCCAGCGUGCAGAGGCAAAUUGAACGAUAACCGAAACAGCUGAUAAGAUGGAACAGGGGCUACGCACAACCUAGUCUAAUCGUUUUCAGGUGAUUCGGUUUCUUCUUUCACUGCGGUUGACCUUCGUGAUAAGUGGAAUGGAUUAACAGGGAUUGUUAUACAAUGCAUUGCGGUGUAAGUCUUCAAAACGUGUUACCUCUUUUUAUGUGAUAGUAACGUGGGUUUUGUGUGAAACUGAAAAUAUAUAAGGAUGUAUGUGCGAAUGCGACACAGUGCAAGUAAA